AUGAUACAACAAUAUAAUGAACAACAACCUAUAAAAACUGAUUUAGAAACUUCUCGUACAACUUUGAUGCCAAUUUUUUCAUCUGGUGAAAAUCCUAUUUCUACUACAACUACUAUUCCAACAUCUGAUAGGGACGAUUGUUCUAUAUUUUCGGAUAUUUUAUCACCCGUUAUUUCUUCAUCUUCAUCUUAUAAAAUGAAUUUAAGUAUACCAUCAUUUCCAGUUAUUCCUGCUGAAGGAAACAAGUCGAUCGUAUUUCAGAAUUUGAAAGCAAAACUAUCAGGUUCACAAGCCGAUUUAGCCGAAGUAUAUCAAUUCCUAAUUCCGGAAUUUAAAAUAGGCACUCUCGAUGCACUUGUCGUUAUUUCUGAUGAACUCGUAAAAUAUGAUCAGUUUGUCGAAAGCGUAGCUUGGAAAAUUGUAGAUAUUCUUCGUAUUCUAUUGAAUGGAGAUAUAGAUAAAAUUUGUGCCAAUCUAUUGGUGAAUGAUAAAACCGUUGAUCAGUAUCUGAAAACAUUUCAAUGGGAUAUAAUGAAAUUUAGAGCAGAAAAAUCCCUUCAAGAAAUAGCAGAAAUUCUUAAUGAGGAAGUAUCAGCGAUUGAUACGAAUAUGAAAGCAAAAUUAGCACAUUACAAUCAGGUGAAAGGCAACCUUCAAGCUUUGGAGAAAAAACAAACUGGGAACUUAUCCGUUCGUAACUUGGCAGAUGUUGUUAAAAAAGAACAUUUUGUUUUGGAUUCUGAGUAUCUGGAAACUUUGCUUGUUGCAGUCCCAAGAAAUCAUUAUAAAUCAUGGCAUUCCAAAUUUGAAACAUUAACUCAAUAUGUUGUACCUCGCUCGACUCAGAAAAUUGCUGAAGACGAUGAAUAUGGACUAUUUAAUGUGACACUUUUUAAAAGAGUCUCUACUGAUUUCGCUAAUAGAUGUCGAGAAGAAAAGUUUAUUUGUCGCGAUUUCAAAUAUAAUGAAGAUGAAAUGGCUAAUCAGCGUAAGGAAUUUGAAGAAGUGGGUGCUACGGAAAAAGAAUUAUGGUCUGCAUUAUUACGUUUAGCCAAUACAAAUUUUGGUGAAGUUUUUUCAGCUUGGAUUCAUUUCAAAGCAAUGAAAGUAUAUGUAGAAUCUGUUCUCCGUUAUGGAUUACCUCCAGAUUUCAUGUCUGCGACAAUAAAGCCAAAGCCGAAGAUGGAUAAAAGAAUAAGAGAGAUAUUGAACAAUCAAUACGGAAAAUUGGGUGGUGUAUUAAGUAGAGAAACACAAAAAGACGAAGCUAUUGAAGAAUAUCAAAAUCUAAUUGAUAAGGAUUAUUAUCCAUAUGUGUGGUUUCAGAUUCAAUUUAAUGUAAAAAAGAUAACUUCGUGA